CAGACAAUUGUAUUCGAUUGAGCUUGAGCCGGGCAGUCUCAUAUAGUUCUGGUCUCUUCUCUUCAUCUCUUCAUCAGGACCAUUUCCAUUCCAAACUCUCUGUUCAAUCUCCUCUCCCCCCACGCACUGCGCCAUCAACGCCAGACAGCCCCGGUUUCUGCCAUCUAUACGUCGCCAACAUGGCUGCUCCCCGCGUCUUCAUCGUCCGCCAUGGAGAGACUGAGUGGUCACUCAACGGCCGACACACGGGCAGCAGCGACAUUCCCUUGACGGCCACCGGCGAGAAGCGAGUCAUUGCCACGGGCAGGGCUCUUGUAGGCGAUGACCGUUUGAUUGUCCCUCGACAGCUGUCGCAUAUUUACGUCUCUCCUCGAAAACGAGCCCAACGCACAUUCGAGUUGCUCAAUAUUGGCGUAUCUGAACCAUUACCCUGGCAACUACACGGCGGCUCUGCUGGUGGUGGCCUCAAAUGUGGUGCCACAGUCGAAAUUACUGAGGACAUUCGGGAGUGGGAUUACGGCGACUAUGAAGGUAUCACAAGCCCUGAGAUUCGCAGAAUGAGAGCCGAGCAAGGCAUUGAAGGAACUUGGGACAUUUGGAGAGAUGGCUGUCCAGGAGGAGAGAGCCCCCAAGACGUCACUGACCGUCUAGAUCGUCUCAUCGCCGACAUUCGGAAAAAAUAUCAUGAGCCUGUACUCAACUCGUCAGAUGGCCAGCAAUCGCAUAAAAAAUCAGGUGACGUUCUCAUCGUUGCACACGGACACAUUCUACGAGCCUUUUCGAUGCGAUGGGCUGGCAAGACCCUACAAGAUGGACCCGCAUUCUUACUUGAAGCUGGAGGAGUGGGGACUUUGAGUUACGAGCAUCACAACAUCGAUGAGCCAGCCAUCCUCCUUGGCGGAGCCUUUGUUGUCGACAUCCUGGAAAAGGACGGCCAGCCUUGAGGCCACGGUGAUAGAUCUUUCCGCGGUUAAAUCGAGAAAACUUGAGAAAACUUGCGUUUCGAGGUUAGAGACUUUGAGGCAUAUAGAAUUAUUUGUGGCCUACGCA